AUGAUGAUUUUCUUGUUCUAUUUAGUAUAUUUCUUACAAACAAUACUUGUUGCAGCUCAAGAUGAUUGCCAGCCAACAAGGUGCCUCGAUUCCGGCCCUGUUAUCCGGUUCCCGUUUCGCAUAAAAGGCCGACAACCUGAACACUGUGGCUACCCGGGCUUCGAUCUUUCGUGCAAUCCCAUCAACAACAUCACGGAGUUUGAGUUCCAAUUUCCGGUUAAGGCCUCGACCAACAAAAUUGUGAUUCCAUUAUCAGCCAAAGCUUCUGUCCAAGUAAUCGAUUACAAACUUCAAGUUAUACAUGUUUCUGUCCUCAAUGGCUCGUGUCUACCAAAACAGGUUCCUGUUUUCAACUCCACAGCAUCUCCUUUCGAGAUGUUUUAUCAGUAUAAUGUGGAUGCUAGUGGCUAUACUCUUUUCAAUUGUUCUGCAAAGCCGGAUGCUAACUCCUAUUCCGGCCCGAUCACUUGCCUGGGCAGCUCAAAGUAUCAAGUAUAUGCCUUCAGAUCAUAUUAUUCGGUUACAGAUUUUUCUCUGUCGAGUUGUGUGAAGAUGUACAACAUUUCAGAUGUCUCGGAAGUAAUUUUUCGGGGGCUGUCUGAAUAUUUAACUGAUGAUACUCAACUGCAUUGGUCGACACCAUUUUGCGGAAAUUGUGAAGCAACGGGAAAACAAUGCAGGUUCAAGAACAAUGGAAUGAAUAACGAAACUGAAUGUUUUGAGAUCCCCAAACAGCCUGAAAAUGACAGAGGUGCCUCAAAAAAGAGGGUUAAUUUGGGUGUAUCGAUUGGUUUGUUUUCAUUCUGGUAUCCAACCGAUCGACCUUCAAUGAAGGUCGUGAUUCAAAUGCUCAAAGGCGAAAACAUGCCGGUCAUGCCACCAAAUCCUUUUGCUGCUUCAGAAUCUGCAAAUAUAAAUACAUCAGCUACCAGUGGAAGCCUAUUUAGUAGUGAGUUUGAUAGCAUUUCUGAAAGAAGUGGGAGCAAUAAUUUAGUGUCUUCUUGA